AUGACUACGGAGCAGCGGCGCAGCCUGCUAGCCUUCCAGGAUUAUAUCCGGAAGACCCUGGACCCUACCUACAUCCUGAGCUACAUGGCCCCCUGGUUUAGGGAGGAAGAGGUGCAGUAUAUUCAGGCUGAGAAAAACAACAAGGGCCCAAUGGAGGCUGCCACACUUUUUCUCAAGUUCCUGUUGGAGCUCCAGGAGGAAGGCUGGUUCCGUGGCUUUUUGGAUGCCCUAGACCAUGCAGGUUAUUCUGGACUUUAUGAAGCCAUUGAAAGUUGGGAUUUCAAAAAAAUUGAAAAGUUGGAGGAGUAUAGAUUACUUUUAAAACGUUUACAACCAGAAUUUAAAACCAGAAUUAUUCCAACAGAUAUCCUUUCUGAUCUGUCUGAAUGUUUAAUUAAUCAGGAAUGUGAAGAAAUUCUACAGAUUUGCUCCACUAAGGGGAUGAUGGCAGGUGCAGAGAAAUUGGUGGAAUGCCUUCUCAGAUCAGACAAGGAGAACUGGCCCAAAACUUUGAAACUUGCUUUGGAGAGAGAGAGGAACAAGUUCAGUGAACUGUGGACUGUAGAGAAAGGUAUAAAAGAUGUUGAAACAGAAGAUCUUGAGGAUAAGAUGGAAACUUCUGACAUACAGAUUUUCUACCAAGAAGAUCCAGAAUGCCAGAAUCUUAGUGAGAAUUCAUGUCUACCUUCAGAAGUGUCUGAUACAAACUUGUACAGCCCAUUUAAACUAAGAAAUUACCAAUUAGAGCUUGCUUUGCCUGCUAAGAAAGGAAAAAACACAAUAAUAUGUGCUCCUACAGGUUGUGGAAAAACCCUGGUUGCAGUCCUUAUAUGUGAACAUCAUCUUAAAAAAUUCCCACCAGGACAAAAGGGGAAAGUUGUCUUUUUUGCAAAUCAGAUCCCAGUAUAUGAACAGCAGGAAUCUGUAUUCUCAAAAUACUUUGAAAGACUUGGGUAUAGAGUUACAGGCAUUUCUGGAGCAACAGCUGAGAAUGUACCAGUGGAACAGAUUGUUGAAAACAAUGACAUCAUCAUUUUAACUCCGCAGAUUCUUGUGAACAACCUUAAAAAGGGAACGAUUCCAUCACUGUCCGUCUUUACUUUGAUGAUAUUUGAUGAAUGCCACAACACCAGUAAACAACACCCAUACAAUAUGAUCAUGUUUAAUUAUCUAGAUCAGAAACUUGGAGGAUCUUCAGGCCCACUGCCCCAGGUCAUUGGGCUGACUGCCUCGGUUGGUGUUGGGGAUGCCAAAGACACAGAUGAAGCCUUGGAUUAUAUCUGCAAGCUGUGUGCUUCUCUUGAUGCGUCAGUGAUAGCAACAGUCAAAGACAACCUGGAGGAACUGGAGCAAGUUGUUUAUAAGCCCCAGAAGUUUUUCAGGAAAGUGGAAUCACGGGUUAGCGACAAAUUUAAAUGCAUCAUAGCUCAGCUGAUGAGGGACACAGAGAGUCUGGCGAAGAGAAUCUGCAAAGACCUCGAAAGCUUUUCUCAAAUUCAAAAUAGGGAAUUUGGAACACAGAAAUAUGAACAAUGGAUUGUUACAGUUCAGAAGGCAUGCAUGGUGUUCCAGAUGCCAGACAAAGAUGAAGAGAGCAGGAUUUGUAAAGCCCUGUUUUUAUACACUUCACAUUUGCGGAAAUAUAAUGAUGCCCUCAUUAUCAGUGAGCACGCACGACUGAAAGAUGCUUUGGAUUACCUGAAAGACUUCUUCAGCAAUGUUCGAGCAGCAGGAUUUGAUGAGACUGAGCAAGAUCUUACUCAGAGAUUUGAAGAAAAGCUGCAGGAACUAGAAAGUGUUUCCAGGGAUCCCAGCAAUGAGAACCCUAAACUUGAAGACCUCUGCUUCAUCUUACAAGAAGAGUACCACUUAAACCCAGAGACAAUCACAAUUCUCUUUGUGAAAACCAGAGCACUUGUGGAUGCUUUAAAAAAUUGGAUUGAAGGAAAUCCUAAACUCCAUUUUCUAAAACCUGGCAUAUUGACUGGACGUGGCAAAACAAAUCAGAACACAGGAAUGACCCUCCCAGCACAGAAGUGUAUAUUGGAAGCAUUCAAAGUCAAUGGAGAUCACAAUAUUCUGAUUGCCACCUCAGUUGCUGAUGAAGGCAUUGACAUUGCACAGUGCAAUCUUGUCAUCCUGUAUGAGUAUGUGGGCAAUGUCAUCAAAAUGAUCCAAACCAGAGGCAGAGGAAGAGCAAGAGGUAGCAAGUGCUUCCUUCUGACUAGUAAUGCUGGUGUAAUUGAAAAAGAACAAAUAAACAUGUACAAAGAAAAAAUGAUGAAUGACUGUAUUUUACACCUUCAGACAUGGGAUGAAGCAGUAUUUAGGGAAAAGAUUCUGCAUAUACAGACUCAUGAAAAAUUAAUCAGAGAUAGUCAAGAAAAACCAAAACCUGUACCUGAUAAGGAAAAUAAAAAACUGCUCUGCGGAAAGUGCAAAGCCUUGGUAUGUUACACAGCUGACAUAAGAGUGAUAGAGGAAUGCCAUUACACUGUGCUUGGAGAUGCUUUUAAGGAAUGCUUUGUGAGGAGACCACAUCCCAAGCCAAAGAAGUUUUCAAAUUUUGAUAAAAGAGAAAAGAUAUUCUGUGCCCGACAGAACUGCAGCCAUGACUGGGGAAUCCAUAUGAAGUACAAGACAUUUGAGAUUCCAGUUAUAAAAAUUGAAAGUUUUGUGGUGGAGGAUAUUGCAACUGGAGUUCAGACACUGUACUCGAAGUGGAAGGACUUUCAUUUUGAGAAGAUACCAUUUGAUCCAGCAGAAAUGGCCAAAUGA